AUGGGUAACAUAAUGUCUGCUAGUUGUGCUCCAGAGUGUACAGAGUUGAAGAAAACCUACGACGACUGUUUCAACACCUGGUACUCGGAAAAGUUCCUCAAGGGUAAAUCUAUUGAAAACGAAUGUGCCAAGCAAUGGUACGCCUACAGUGAGUGUUUAAAGACUGCGCUUGUCAAACAAGGUAUCCAGCCUGCGUUGGACGAGGCCCGUAAAGAGGCUCCUUUCGAAACGGGCGGGAUCAUCCAAGAGUCCGAGUCGAAGUAG